CUAUCUAUGCAAAUGCAAAACCACUAGCCUCUCACUAAACUCUCCAGGGGAUAUAAAUGACCCAGAACGGUUUGUGUUUGUCUCAGAUGAAGCGUGAAUUGCCACCACAGCAGAUCAAUCAUCCAUUCAUCCAGGUGGACAGAAAAGGAAGGAAAACUAAAGAUGGGGGUUUUGGCUUUUUUUGGUCUCAGCUUCCUAAUUGCUGCUCCUUUCUCGAGAGCUGCUGAGGCCUCCUGGUGCCACAUGGACUGGUUUCCAUAUGGUGGCUAUUGCUACAAACUCUUCAGCAAUAAAUUGACCUGGGCUGAGGCAGAGGUCGCCUGCCAAUAUUACUUCCCCUACGGUCACCUGGCCUCCAUCCACAGCAUCCAUCAAUCUGCCGUGCUGGCCGAGUACAUCAUGAAAUACCACAAAGAUGGAACUAGUGUCUGGAUUGGACUGCAUGAUCCCCUGAAGAACCGGCAGUGGCGGUGGACGGAUUGGUCUUCAAACAGAUACAAGAACUGGAAUGCGGGAGAGCCCAACAACAACAACAACAACGAGAACUGCGUUGAGCUUUGGGCUGACACAGGAUACUUGAAGUGGAACGAUGAGAACUGCAGAUCUGAUCGUCCAUACCUCUGCCAGUACAGACGCUAGGAUGGAGCCGCUGCUUCUCAUCACCUGAGAAGGCAGGAUCAGGAAGACACACCUUCCUUUAGAUAAAGGAAAGGGGAUAUUCCUGCAAGGACCCCAGCUCUACAUCCUUUUAUGAUCUCUCCUUGUUGAUUGGCUGUUGAUUUGCCUGCGCACGUCUCCUGGUUGUUGAUCAGAAAAUGUAACAUCCAAUAAACUUCAUCUUUAUCUCUUUG